UUUCGAGCCAGAGUAGACAGCAGCGUGGCAGAUGAGAUGUGAAGCACGAGGACUAAGCGGCGUGGAGCUAGCUGGAGCGAAGGCGGAAGUUGAGAAGCCAAAGGUGCCGAAGGCGGUCGCAGGGACGGCGGCAGGUCGAGGGGGCACCUGGCGGGGGCCGCCUGAGAUGACGACCCUUCGACGGGGUAUCGUGGCACCCCGGUACAACACCUACGUCCUCGUUUCCCUCAUCGGACUAUUGUUACAAACACAGUCAGCCACUGGUGGUAUAUGUUGGUCUUCUAUCAGCAACGGUCGCUGUAAGGAGCUCCUAUCGCAAGGUGUGACGAAAGAACAUUGCUGUGCGUCCAACGCCGAAGCAGCAACCGCGUAUUCCGAGGAAGACCUCGACAGUGGAAGUCUCUUUUUUUGGCGAGUCCUCGGAGGAGGAGUACAGUGUCGUCCUUGCAGAGAAAGCUGCAAGGAAGUAAGGUGCGAAGAGGGAAAGAAGUGCGUGGUGCGUAAAGGUAGACCAAGGUGUGUUUGCAGCCCCGAGUGUAAAGCGCCAAGGGGUGGAGGUCCGGUCUGCGGGACGGACGGGAAGAGUUAUAAAAAUCUGUGCAGACUGAAGAAACGAGCUUGCAAGAAGGGAAGCCACGAGCUAGCGGUUGCCUAUAACGGCCACUGCCAAAGUUCGUGCGUACGGGUACGUUGCGGCCAAGGUCGGAGCUGCGUGUUAGACCAGAACCUGAGCCCGCACUGCGUGAGGUGCGCCCGCAGGUGCCCCCAGCCGCCCCCGCAACAACGAGCCGUCGCACGCCCCGUUUGCGGGGCCGACGGAAACACCUACAAGAGUGCCUGCCACCUGCGACUCGCCGCCUGCCGCGCAGGUCGCGCCAUUCCCGUCGCCUAUAAGGGCCACUGCAAACAGAACGCCGACUGCACGACGAUUCGUUGUCGCGAGGGGCAGACGUGUCUGUCGGAGAUGAAGUCGGGCCGACCACGUUGCGUAACCUGCACCUAUCGUUGUCCCCGGAAGCGGGAACGGGUCCGGAACCGGACGCACCGUGAUCGAGAUCCAUCGGCGACCAUGUUGUGCGCCACGAACAAUAUCACCUAUCCCAGCUGGUGUCACAUCGUCAAGGACGCCUGCGAUACCGGCUUCGUCCUCGAGACGCGACACGCCGGCCCCUGCAACGCCCACGACACCUCUCCUUUCUAUAUCGAGGAAGACAACACCUCGAGCAACUACGGGGUUGAUCUGGCGGACGAGGACGCGAGAUUCGAGGACGUCGAAACGGAGUCGUUGUCGUACAACGGGCAAACGCAUCGUUCAUUAGCGUUGUCGUACUACAGCUCUGUCAAAGUUCUAGGAAUUGAUACUAAAAAAAGUCAAGCACCCAAAUUGGCUCCCGACGAUCAUCUAGCAUUCGUUCAUGUUUGUUCAUUAAUUAAAUUAUCUGCAAUGUUUAAAUUUUCUAUUCUCCAUUUACAAUCUACUUAACCUUCAUAGAUACCGGAAAAUUUCGCAAAAACUGGUCACUCAAAUAAUUGGGCAGUAUUAGUUGAUACCUCACGUUUUUGGUUUAACUAUAGGCACGUUGCAAAUGUGUUGUCUAUUUAUCGGAGCGUCAAACGUUUGGGAAUUCCGGAUUCCCAAAUUAUCCUUAUGAUAGCAGACGACAUGGCAUGUAAUCCGAGAAAUCCUAGACCAGCUACUGUGUUCAAUAACAUCAAGCAACAUAUUAAUGUUUAUGGAGAUGAUGUAGAAGUAGAUUACAGGGGUUACGAAGUUACUGUAGAAAAUUUUGUGAGGUUGUUGACUGGCCGAUUAGCUCCAGAAACACCAAGAUCAAAGAAACUAUUAACAGAUGAAGGAUCUAAUAUUUUGAUUUAUCUUACUGGUCAUGGUGGAAAUGGAUUUUUGAAGUUCCAAGACUCUGAAGAAAUUACUAGUCAAGAACUUGGAGAUGCAUUGGAACAAAUGUGGCAGAAGCGAAGAUACCAUGAAAUUUUGUUUAUUGUUGACACUUGCCAAGCAAGUUCAAUGUAUGAGAAGUUUUAUUCUCCAAAUAUUCUAGCAGUAGCUUCUAGUCUAGUGGGAGAAGAUUCACUUUCUCAUCACUUGGAUCCUGCCAUUGGUGUUUACAUUAUAGAUAGAUAUACAUAUUAUGCAUUAGACUUUUUAGAAAAAGUAGAACCAUCCAGCUCUAAAACUUUAGGAGAAUUUCUCAAGGUAUGUCCUAAGCAUUAUUGUUUAUCAACAGUAGGGGUGAGGAAAGAUUUAUUCCGAAGAGAUCCUAAUAAAGUACCAGUCACAGAUUUCUUCGGAUCAUUAAGGCCUGUAGAAUUAACUACAAGUAUAAUGAAUGUGUUACCUGUUAAAACAAAUAAGACAAAGACUAUUGAGCCUGAAAUGAAGUAUUCUUAUGCCCCUCAAUUUCCUGAUGUAUCGGAGCUUACGAUGCGUUUCCUACUUCUAUGUUUGGUCAUCGUUCUGAUAAAUUGCAGUCUGUCGUUCACGUUUGGACUGAAAGGAAACUAUGUAGAAGUUCAUGAAAUAGAUAAGAAGACGUUAUCGUCAAUGGAACAACUACCACCUCAAGAUCCUGCGAUGCAUUCUUUUCCAACAGUGCCAGCAGUGCCUCUUAUACCUACCUGUACAAGGCAAGGAUACUUCCGGGACCCUUUCAACUGCAGGAAGUUUUAUCACUGCCAACAUGAAAAUGCUGUGCCUAAGGGAUUCUAUUGCCAGUUUGGUUUAAUAUUUAAUACAAUUACCAAUUCCUGUGAUUAUCCUGGAACCGUAGAGUGCUGACCACUAAUUUUCCGGAGUUUGAUAAAAAGAUACGUGUGACUGUAUUUAUUGCUAUACUUGCGUGUAAUUGUUUGAACGUGUGUAAAUAAGCUAUGGUUUUGAGCUAAUUAUAAUUUAUUUAACACUAGAACAACCAAAAUUAUGAAUUUCAGAUUUCCUAAUGAGGAUACCAGAUUGAGAAAUGCAAAUUUUUCGAAAAGUUUUAAAGACUUCGACAUAAAUUUGUAAUAAUAAUGAUUUAAAUUCUUAGCUUGCAGAUAAUUAACGGUUAAAAAAUCAAUUUUAUACAUUAACUUAUUCUCUGUGCAUCAACACUGGUUGUUCUAGUGUUGAAAAUAUAUUAUUCUAAGUUUAGAUUACAAAUAAAAUUGUAUAUAAUGGAAUUUUAAUUACCUGUGUAAGAAUUUACUGACGAUAAACAAUAAACAAAUUUUUACAGAAA